UGGUGCUACUGUGUACAUUGUCUGCCGCAACAAGGAGAAGGGAGAGGCUGCACUCUCAAAGAUUCAAUCAACUACCGGCAACAAAAAUAUACAUCUAGAGAUCUGUGAUCUUUCUUCUAUCAGUGAAGUCAAGUCGUUCGCAUCUAGAUUUUCUUCAGAAAACAAACCACUUCAUGUUUUAGUUAACAAUGCUGGAUUACUUGAGCAUAACAGAGUUACUACAUCUGAAGGGUUGGAGCUAAAUUUUGCGGUUAAUGUAGCAGCAACUUUUGCUAUGACUGAACUAAUGAGGCCUUUGCUGGAGAAAGCUGCACCUGAUGCUCGAGUUAUAACAGUUUCUUCUGGUGGAAUGUACAUGGCUCCUCUGUCCACGGAUUUGCAGUAUAGUGAGCCAAAAUUUGAUGGAAUGACACAAUAUACGAGGAAUAAGAGGAUUCAGGUAGCAUUAACCGAAAAAUGGUCGCAAAUUUACGACGAUAAAGGGAUCGGAUUCUAUUCAAUGCACCCAGGUUGGGCUCAAACACCUGGUGUAGCUAAGAGUUUGCCCACCUUCUCCGACAAGUUAUCUGGGAUGCUUAGAACAAGUGAAGAGGGAGCAGACACAGUUGUUUGGUUGGCAUUGCAACCCAAGGAGAAAUUGGUUUCAGGAGCUUUCUAUUUCGAUCGAGCCGAAGCACCAAAGCAUCUUGCACUUGCAGGGACAUGGAGUUCUCAUUCACUAAUUGACACCAUUGUUGACAAUCUUAGAUCUAUAUGCAGUUUGCCUUCAUCAACUGAAGCUCCUGCAAAUCAAUAAAAGAUAGGCAGUUUGUAAGGUUUGUAUGUUUUUUUUCCAGUAAUAAAACAGAUCUAUCUAUAUGUAGCCUGUCUUCAUCAACUGAAAUUUAUGUAAAAUGGUAAAUAUAUGAAGGUCUUGCUUUUGCUUUGCAUGAA